AUGAUUGGUGAAAUCCCCGGUAGGAUGCCCAUAAUGUCAUACAACAAAGAACAUCUAGAUAAAAAGUUGGAUAACUUAUCGAUCGGAGAUCAUCCUGGACAAGCUGGUAGUGGUCUGGGGUCUUCUCGUGGCGGAACUGUGAAGGGUUUCAGCGGUAGUGAUGUAUCAUACACCACUGACUAUACGCAAAAACCAAAAACAUCUUUGUUAUCCUCAUCACUAGCAGAAGAACGUCAAAUACGGAUGGACAACGGUGCUGGUGCUUUCGGCAGCACACAGGGAGGCAACUCUAAUUCAAGCAAGGGUGCCACGAAUGACUCCAAGCAGGCUUCUUUUUCAUUAGAAGACAAUGGUAUGGACGUAGAAGAAAGUCUAAAAGACGAGCAUCCCGAGCCUGAACUAUUGGCGAGCUCAGUUGGCAAAGAGAUGGAUGGUAGACUUAUUCCUUCAUCGUCCACAAUAUCAUUGCUUUCGUUAAAUACCCAGAUGAAUGACAGUGAUUCGAUUUCUUUACCUGUGAAUAAUUCAGGAAACCAAGCACUGGCAGUUAGGGCCAUUAUCAAUAAUUCAAACAUAGGAAACAAAGCAGCAUUUGUUGAUCGUAAAAACUCAUACACUAAUAUCAUAGGAAGACAUUCAGUUAAGCAUUUAAAUCAAAAGCGGUUGCAGCCGUAUCACAAGUUCACAUCUCCUCCUCCUGAGAAUACUCCUUCUGAAAUGGUGUAUCAUUCGACGUCUCAAAGCAUUCCGAUAAAUACCAAACUUAGUAACAUCCCAGACUCGCCCAGUUUGGAUCCUACAUCAAUAGGCGGUUCUCCUUCUAGGUUUUGGCUAUCUUCACAGACACCCCCUCGAUCUUUAGCUAAUUCAUGGAGUCGAAAUUCUCGUACUCACCUAUUUCAAAUGCUGCAGCCACAAGUGUUAUCACAACAAACACCACAACAAGUAUCACAACAAGUUCAAUUACCUUUAGCUCCACAGCCUACCUAUGGCACCUCUAAUGCUAACUAUACAACAGCUGCAAAAAGAGAUGGAAAUUAUUCUCCAAUACUAAAUCCUGUCAUGACACCUUGCGAGGAUCCCCCGAUGACUCCAUUGUAUCUUAAUGGAGCCAACCAACCUGAAUCUUAUUUUGGAGACUUUUCAACUUCUCAGAUUGAGGAGGAAAAAGAUGAACAAGAGUCUGAUGAAGAAACAUAG